AACGGUUGGACAUAGAAAGGAAAAAUUUAAAAUAUUUCUUCAUUUUCUAAGCAUUUGUGCAAAAUAUCCAUCGAAAUGGAUGACGAGGAUAAGGAAUUUGAAUGGGAGCUUUGUAAAGAAAAUGUUUUGCCUUUGCGUAGUGGCAGAAACUGUUCUACUUUGAAUGCUGUUUUGCAACCAACCACCGAAUGUCAACAAUCAUUGUUGAAAUCUGAAAAACAUGACUUUGAAUUAGAAUUACGAACGUAUUCUGGUGAUGAUCCUCUAGAUGUUUGGGAUAGGUAUACCAAGUGGAUAGAAAGAACGUUUCCAUCGAGAGGAGCAGGGGGAAAGUUUAUCGAACUAUUACAGAAUUUUUUAAGAGAGUUUAAAGAUGAUGCACGAUAUACUAAUGAUGCUAGAUAUAUAAACUGGUGGAUUAAAUUUGCCAAUAACUGUGAUGAUCCUCUAGAGAUUUAUAGCUAUAUGUUUGACAACGCUCUAGGCUGUGAUCUGUCUUGUUUUUACGAAGCCUGGACCGCUACAUUAGAACAAGUGGGCAAUAUACAGAAAGCUGAUGCUAUUUAUAAAGAAGGGUAUAAAAGGAUAAAAGAACCUCCAGCAAAAUUAGAGGUCAAAUAUCAAGAAUUUCAGGCGAGAGUAGCAAAUGGUACAGUACAGCAGAAUACUGAUAUAGAAGAUGACAAUCCACCAGAAGAAAGAACUGCUCUAGGACAGUUGAAGGGACAUGGUAAAAGACAGAAAGUUGGAACAAAUAGAGUUGGAGAUGCCAAACAGUCUUCAAGAGGUGGUCUUGGUAUUCGCCCCCAGCCUCUACAGACCCAGAAUCAAGGCUUUCAAAUCUAUAAUGAAAACGCAGAACCUUCUCUAGUACCAGUUCAAACAGGAGAAUGGCAGACAUUACCUACUAGAAAACAGGUGAAUAGAGAAAAUGAACUACAACCUGGACCCUGGAAGACUAAGCUACCCCAGAGACCAGGUAGUGUCAGUUCUAUUAGUGGUGGUCAACAACCCAGUUUUAAAGUUCAUGUAGAGGCUGAUGAUACUCUGGUAACACCAAGAAAAGGGCCUGUUGUUGAUAAUAAUGUAUUAAGUGCUAGGAAACCAAGUAAAAGUUCUGCUGACCCACUAAAUGCUAUACGAACCAAUACUCAGGGUGCAAUAGACCAGGUACCAGCCUACUGUAAAUCUAAAAUCUAUACUGGUACAGAGGAAUUCUGUUUCGAAGAAUUACGUGCUGCUAGGUAUAUGAAGGAGAAGAAAGAAAAGAUGAAAUUGGAGG